AUUUGAUUGCUCACUCAAUUCCAAGAGUUCAUAAAAGGAAACCAACAAUGGAUGCCAAAAACCCUGAAUUCAGCGAUGGGAUCGGUAGCUGCUGGUGAAGAAUCAUGCUCUCAUCAAUGGCUUCCUGUAACAUCCCGUGCAGUUCAGGGUUCCAAUUUCGGUCCAUUUCCUUUAGAAGGAAUUUCGUCUUCAAUGGGCCACACGGUUCACUCGCUUUUGCCUCGGGGUUGAAGCACCAGAAGAAUCCACUCGUUCAAAGGGUCACUACAUGCAAUUCCGCCGCUUCCAAACAACAAUUUGAGAUAGUUUAUGAUCCUGAUGAACGGAUAAACAAGUUGGCUGAUGAAGUAGACCGGGAUGCUCCUCUUUCGAGGCUUACUUUGUUCUCACCUUGCAAGAUUAAUGUGUUCUUGAGAAUAACUGAGAAGAGGGAAGAUGGAUAUCAUGAUUUGGCCUCUCUUUUCCAUGUGAUAAGCUUAGGGGAUACGAUUAAGUUCUCAUUGUCGCCAUCAAAGAAGGACCGGCUUUCUACCAAUGUAUCGGGAGUACCCCUCGAUGACAGAAAUUUGAUUAUCAAAGCUCUUAACCUCUACAGGAAGAAGACUGGUAGUGACAAGUUUUUCUGGAUCCAUCUCGACAAGAAGGUACCGACUGGAGCGGGGCUUGGUGGAGGAAGCAGUAAUGCUGCCACAGCGCUGUGGGCGGCCAAUCAGUUCAGUGGAUGUAUUGCUACUGAAAAGGACCUUCAAGAAUGGUCGAGCGAGAUAGGUUCUGAUAUUCCCUUCUUUUUCUCGGAAGGGGCGGCGUUUUGUACCGGGAGAGGCGAGGUUGUACAGAAUCUUCCACCUCCAGUACCCUUGGACAUUCCAAUGGUUCUCAUAAAGCCCCAGGAAGCAUGCUCUACAGCAGAAGUUUAUAAGCGCUUACGAUUGGAUCAAACAAGCAAGGUCGAUCCUUUGUCGUUGUUGGAUAAAAUUACCAAGAACGGAAUAUCCCAAGAUGUGUGUAUCAACGAUUUGGAACCUCCUGCUUUCGAGGUCCUCCCGUCUCUUAAAAGAUUGAAACAGCGUAUAAUUUCUUCCAGCCGUGGUGAAUUCGACGCUGUGUUCAUGUCCGGGAGUGGUAGCACAAUAGUAGGAAUUGGGUCCCCAGAUCCUCCAGGCUUCAUAUAUAACGACGAUGAAUUUCAGGACGUAUUUUUGGCAGAGGCAAACUUUCUCACCCGUGAAGCAAAUCAAUGGUAUCGAGAACCUGCAUCGGCAUCAGCUCGUAGUCCGCCUUCCGAGCAUCCUGAAUUGGCUAGAUAGCUUGCUCAUUGAAUGAAAUAGAGGUUCAGCUUAUGUUCCUUGAUCUAGUGAGGAUUCUUGUAUGACAGUUAAACUACAUCCUCCAUUGAUAAACUUGGGAAGUGAUCUUGAGCUCUUUUUCUAUGCCAAAAGAGAGUUAUUUAAGAAA